ACUCUAAUCUCCAAGACUAUUAUCUCAUUGUGGACAAAGAAACCAACGAUGCUUACUUCUGCUUCAACAAAGCCGUCAAAGAUGGUUGGAAUGACCUAGUCCAAAACUAUGAACAAAUUACUGAAGUAGAACUAGAAUUUGAAACCAAUGAGCGAGGGAAUAAGAAAGUAAUUAGACUACCGGAAAAUGCUACUACUCUUGAAAAGGCUAAAUAUGAACUGUGCGAAAAGAUAUUAGGUUAUCAGCAAGAAAAUAAUAUCAGUGAUAAAGAAUUAGCUCAAAAAAUCCAUUUAACCACUGGGGAAACCAAAGAUAUCUUAUACUGUCAUAUCGAUUACUUUACCCUAGACCGCUUAAUAACCUAUGCCGGUCGCCUUUUUGCUCCGCGAGAGAUAAAAGUGAUUGUCGAACCUAAAAAAGAUAACUUACAUGCCCGAACUGUUUAA